GCACACGUGACGAGCGUUCUUAGCGAUGACCUCAUCCCUAGAGUGGGAUGACGUCAAAUACAAGAUGGAUGGAAUCACGACUGCUUCAUGCUCAACGCAACUCUGAAACAAAGUCCAGUGUCGGAGCUCCGCGGCAUUCAAAGCCACCAAACUAGGCCAAAAUGGAGAGCCUGGGGCACUACUGUAACCCUGCCCAUGGUAUUUCACUGCUGGGUGCCCUCAAUGAGCAGCGGUUGAAGGGUCAGCUCUGUGAUGUCGUGUUGUUAGUGGGUGAUCAGCAGUACCAGGCCCAUAAAAGCGUCCUUGCAGCCUGCAGUGAGUAUUUCCAGUCUCUGUUUUCCAGAAGGGACUCGGAGAACCGCUCCAUUGUUCAACUUGACUUCUGUGAGCCUGAUGCUUUUGAGAUCGUGCUAAACUACAUCUACUCAUCAUCUCUGUUCGUGGAGAAAUGCAGUCUGGCAGCAAUACAGGAGCUGGGCUAUAGCCUCGGCAUUCCCUUUCUAACCAACAUCAUGUCUAUAAGACCUCAGGCGUCAUACUGUGUGUCGAGAAAACGAAUGUUGCUCUCUGAGGAGGAGGAGGAGGAUGGCGCUUAUCAAAAGAGAAGUGUAAUUGUACAUCAAGGUCAGGGUGAGCAGCCUAGCAUGGAUAUGUUUCCAAGGAAAAGUUCAAGUCUUCAGGGAAAACCGUUUAAACAGGUCACAGAGCAACCCUCACUCACACACAAUUUCAGUGAUCAGAGCCAAUCCUCAGGACACAUCAGACCAAAUGAAAAAGAGACAAAAAGUACCUCCAACAGCAGAAAUUUAAACAAAAACACAGUUGAUGGUGACUGCAGAUCUAUCAUCUCCUCUCCAACAUCCAUACUGAGACGUCGAACUGAAUACCGAUCGCCAUCUACGAGGCCGCAACUAACAUCCUCAGUGUCAUUCAGCGAGUCUGUGCAGCAUGCUAGCCUACAAUCAGAUCAAACUGAUGCCACCAUCGAUGGAAGAAUGGAUGCAUCGGAUGAUUCCAGACCAGCGGGUGAGCAUCAUGGUCCACGCAACCAAACUGUAGACCGAAGUGGGCCACUUAUCAAAAGUCUGCUACGCAGAUCAUUGUCUAUGGAUAGUCCAGUUCCCGUUUUUUCUCCAGCUCUGGAGCUAAAGGACUCACAAAGUCGAGAACAGUCUGUGGUCAAGUUAAUGGCCACGACAGCAAGGUCGCCAUCCCCUGAAAGUGAGGAUCAGGUGUCAAAAGAUAUUCCACUUCUUCUCAGGUCGAGACAACGAAAUACAUAUGAGAUGGUCGGCACUCAAACAACUCAACUCAGAAUUAAAGCAGAGCCCAGCAGUCCCCUUGCCGACCCUUCUGAAAUCGUUCGCAUUACUGUUGGAGACAACCUGCCAGUAAAUUUCAAAGACUUUCAGGCAAAUUACGAUGAAGGUCCAAGAGGGUAUUUCACUCCCUCGAUGAAGAGGAAGAGUAAGAUAGAUGGUAGUUAUAUGCCCUUUAAGAGAUCCAGGCCUGUUAAUGAGCAUCAUUUGUUGCAUCAGGAAAGCACGUUUGAUGAGGUACCUUACAAUUCCAACAUGGACAAUAGUAACGAGGAACCUGGAGAACUUCGGCCAAACAAAAUGUUUAAGUGCUGGAACUGCCUGAAGGUUUUCAGGUCCAAUGCGGGUCUGUAUCGCCACGUGAACAUGUACCACAACCCAGAGAAGCCGUACGCUUGCGACAUUUGCCAUAAGCGCUUUCACACAAACUUCAAGGUCUGGACUCACUGCCAAACCCAGCACGGCGUAGUGCAAAAUCCCGCACCUUCCUCCAGUUCCUAUUCGGUCCUGGAUGAGAAGUUUCAGAGGAAGCUAAUUGAUAUCGUCCGAGAGCGGGAGAUAAAGAAGGCCUUGAUUAUGAAGCUCAGGAGAACCAAGCAAGGCCUGCAGUCACAACCCUUUGGCAGGAAAAGCAGGCGAUCGAGGUCGUACGGAUGUCCCUACUGUGGCAAAAUGUUUUUUUUCCAGUCACACUUAAAACUACACAUGAAGGGACACUCCGCUGAGCCGGCUAACCUUGACACAGAUGCUGAGAGAGACCUUCAAUACAAGCAACAGCAGCAACAACAGCAGCAGCAGCAGCAGUUGGCACAUCUUAAAGAAAACCAAGAUAAGGACGUAUUUUCUUGCCGACUCUGCAAUGAGAAACUGCCCUCUUUGACUGAAUUAGAAGACCAUGAGAGAGCUUGCAGGUAUGCUACUGUCUGCCCAUACUGUGGACUUCGAUUCUCCAACACGGUUGUCAAGAAAGACCACGAAGCUCACUGCAAGUACAAAAAGCUGACCUGCCUUGAAUGUAUGCGUACCUUUAAGUCCUCUUUCAGCAUAUGGCGUCAUCAGGUGGAAGUUCACAAUCACAAUAUGAUGAGUGUAAAGGAACAGUUGACUCUUGGUCUCCAGGAGAGCAAUCACGACGAAUCAUCCAAUAUUCUCGGAGAUGCUCCCUCUUCUCAGGAGUUGAUACGUGACCCUAGAGAGGAAGCAGUGUACAGCGACUCAUCGGUUCCACCCAUGUAUGAUUCUGAAGACUCAUCAUCUUAUGUCCCAGAGGACUUGAGCGCUCAUGGUCAAGGGGAGCUGCAGGUCAAAGAGGAACCUCAAGAGGAAGCAGUAUCAGCCAAGGAUAACGUGAGCACCGGAUCCGAGGAACCGGGCGUUUGGCCUUGUGAGAAGUGUGGAAAGCUUUUCAGCAGCCACAAAGACCUGGAAAGACAUCAGGAACUCCUCUGCCAUAUAAAACCCUUCAUCUGCCACAUAUGUCACAAAGCGUUCAGGACCAACUUCCGCCUCUGGAGCCACUACCAAUCCCAUAUGUCCACACCUGAAGAGCCAGGGAUGAGAGAGAUCGACAGGCUUCCGUCUUCUCCAUCUCCUUCUCCACCUCUUACAAUUUCCAUCCCUGAACCUCCAACUUCUCAAAAACCUCCACUCAAAGCGACCUGUUCUGGGGUGGACGCCUCAGAGGAGGAACCCAGAGGCUCCACGUCACCGUCAACCAAACUCAAGAAGCCAGAGCAAGACAAGACUGGUGACGAUGAGCCCAGGGAACAUUCGCAAGCCAAGUCCGACAGCACAGACAAAACUAUCACCCCUCAGGAAUCUGACACACUAUUUUACCAUGCACCAACCCUCUCUGCACUCACCUUUAAACGCCAGUACAUGUGCAAAUUCUGUCACCGGACAUUUAAGACCGCCUUUAGUCUGUGGAGUCAUGAGCAGAGCCAUACGUAAGAGUGCUAAACGCAGUUGCACAUUUGUAGCCCUUAACAAUUGGAAUCAAAUAACUUGGACCAUUUCUCCUUUAAACAUGAUUUACUUUGGUACACACUUGCAGCCUAAACCCAGGGAUUUAUUAAUAGCAUUUGAUCAUACUUUAUCUUAUUUCUAUAAACAGUAUUCAGAAUGAAUCUUGGAUUGCAUGCCAAGAGUUGCUUAAAACAAAUUUGUUUUCUAAAGUAUUUCCCUGUAUAUUUUUUUUUAUUUUAAGUUUAUUGUUCAGUGAUCAAGAAAGACUGUUAUAAUGAACUGAUUUCUUUCACCUUAAGAACUCUUCUAAAUGAAUUUCUAUGAAUUAUUGCAAACAAACGUGUGAUUAAUUUUUUGGGAUGUUACACAGAAGAUGUACACCUCUCUUCUUUUAGUGGCCUUUACGCUGUUAUUUAGCACUUUCAAGCAAUUCCAAAUAAACAUUGUUCUCUAUUAAAAGCACAUGCUGGUGUUGACAUGGCUUUUUAGUUAGAAAAGAUGGAUUUGUUAAUUCCCUUUUUAUACCCUAAAAUGAUAGCUUUUGCCCCAUUUAAGUUAAGGAAAAAUAAGAAAAAGUAUUUCAGAAUAAAACUAUUUAGACUUUUCUGCUACAUGCACAAUCCAGCCCUGCCUAUGUUGUUAAAGCUAUUAAUAUUGAAUUGUUACUUUGAUCAUUUAAGAACCAUAUAAAAAGCAAACCUUAAGCAGACUAAAAUGGUAUGGAUCAAACUUUACAUUAAACUUUGUGAACACUGAAGAAAACAUGUUCAUAAUUUAAUUUCAACUUUGCUAGUUAAGUUGUAUUUUUCAUUUUAAGAGUAUUCUGUUAAUGUGUUUUGCCAGUUAUGUAGACUUUCAUGGUAUUUUUGUUUAGAGGUUGUGGAUAAUAUUCAGUGAUUGUAUUGAACAAAUAGAAGGCUUUAUGUGUACAAUUAGCAGGUUUGGAUUGAUGUUCUUUAAGCAGUUUAGUGUGUGCCUGCAAUGUGGAUCUUCUAAUACUUUUGUUGUACAGGACAUGCAGUAUAUGUGGAAAUUACUUCUCAUUAAUGUGUAGAGAUGAAGUUUGAGUAGAUUUUCACACUGUAUCAGUACUGUAUCAGUACAUUGUGAGCUCUACCAUAGUGUAAGCUCAACUUACCAGAACUCAGUACUCAGUGAUUAAUGAAGUCUAGAUGCAAUGAUGUUGAAUGGUUGGACAUUCCAAAUGUUCAGUGGACCUUUUCUGUGACAGUAUGACCCAGAGAAGACCUUUAUUCUAAAAUAUUAAAGCACAAACCCAGACAGUAUCAUAGUGUUGGCACAGAUCCAUCUCACAUCUGGUUCGCGUCGAAUCCACACGUACCAGAUGUGGGCCAGAUCUGGGCCAACACUAUGUUGAUGUCUGGGAAAGCAGUAAUCUUAUUUCUUGAUAUUUUUUUGUCAUAUUUAGCAAGUAUUAGAAAUAUUAAGGAGAAGUCUUCUUCCCUUACAUUAGGGGAUGUUUGGCUUAGCAAGCUUGUGGCCUUUGUUAAGCACAAAAUCUAAAUAUGUUGCUUGCUCUUUGCAUUUUCCAUCAGCUACUGUCAUUUAAUCUAUAUUUUGAUGGAUAAAAGUGUAAUACAUUCCUUUUGAUCUUAUCCCCAAAAAGGUAUUGGUUAAUAAAUAAGCUGGCUAUUUAUAUACCCAGGAUAGAAAUACCUGAAUUAGUUUGCAUUUACUUUUGUUCCCAGUAUUACAUGACAUUAAACAUCAGCUUUUUGUUUAGGGUUAAGAUUUAAACCAUAUUAUUAGCAGAUCAACAUGUGUCCCAAUAAUAAAAUGAUCAUUUCAGUAAUUGAUCAAUUUCUUAAUAUGGUUCUUUGAAAGAUUGUAUGACAUUGAAUGAAUAGUGAUGACAUAACAGAACGCUUAAUCCUCAAAACACAUUUUUAUAGUCUUUGUUUGUACAACAUUUUCUGUUUUAUGAAAAUUACAUCCUUUUUGGUAUUCCCGUGGUAUCACUGCAAUAACUAAUAUUUGUAAGCACUUGAAUUGUCCUAAUGUGGCUUUAAAAACUGUAUCAGUUUUCGUGUUAAAGCAUUUUCUACUGUUUUCUGUGCUUGCUUUAUAAAAUAAAUAUCAAUACUGUGUAA